CAGAGACCAGAUUACAAGACUCUAGCGCCGUCAUCAGAAUGGCUUCACCGGUAAACCCUGACGCCAAAUACCACUUGCGGCUUUCCGGAGACCCAGAAGCUGCCGCCACUGGCCAAGCUGGUGUUGGGGUUGCACUGAGUGCCAGGGCUGAAUCAGCUCUGCUUGACUGGAUCCCAGUCAACAGUCGGCUAUGUGCAGUCAGACUACGAGGUUCAUGUAACGUAAGCAGGCGUCGAGACGUUAAGCGUGCCUUGUUUGUCGUCUCCGCCUACGCCCCUACAGACUGCAGCCCGGAUGCAGUUAAAGAUAGCUUUUACCAGCAGCUACAUGAACUUCUGCGUUCCUCCAAAAGGACUGAUAUAGUCAUUCUUGCCGGGGACUUUAACGCACGGGUUGGCCGCCUUCCACCAAGCGAGCACCACCUUGGGGGUAGUUUUGGUCUCGGUGGCAGUCGAUCAGACAAUGGAGACAGACUGCUUGCUCUUUGCUCUGAUCAUCGCUUGUAUCUUUCGAGCACUAGUUUUCGGCACUCGAGGAGACACACUGCUACCUGGCGCCCGCCCUCACAAACGCAAGAGUGCUCCCAGCUUGACCACAUAGCAAUCAGCUACAGAUGGCGCGGAAGCGUAACGGACUGCCGAUCGUACUGGUCAACUUAUCUAGACUCCGAUCACGCAUUGGUUCGUGCUAAGAUUUGCAUGCGUUUCGGAGGAUCACCUAAGCGCGCUCUCUACCGACCGGACGUCGCAAAUCUACAAAACCCUGCGAUUUUAACCAGGUACCAAGCCUCACUGUCAACCUUGCUUGCCUCAACUAUUGACGGUGAUCUCGAUUCGCAGUGGGCGCAUAUCAAAGAUGCCUUAGUUUCCGCCAGUAUCGACACUUGUGGAGUUGCCCGUCACCCACCGAAGCAUUGGAUUUCCGCCGUCUCCUUGUCGCUGAUGGACAAACGCCGCUUGAUCCCGUCGGAUUCCAGACACAGUGAAGAACGCCAAUCCCUUGGUCGAGAGUUGCGCAGGAGUCUGCAAAUGGACCGCGAAGCUUGGUGGUGUGAACGUGCUAGGGAGAUGGAGCUUGCUAGUCUCUCUGGUAAUACCAGAAAACUUUUCCAUCUCAUUCGAGUCACCGAAGGUGUUCGAUCUGGUAUAAGUGAAACAAUAUGCGAAGAGGAUGGCACCUUAAUCACCAAUCUUCAACGACGGUUGGAGCGAUGGGCCGAACAUUUUGGCUCGCAGUUUUGUUGGCCCCCAGCUCCAUCUGCUACCUCUGGCGCUCGCGCUGGGGCCGAGUGGUCUACCCCACAGAUCCUCCCUCUUACCAGGAACUCGAGCAGGAGCUCCGGCACAUGAAGCGUUAUAAAGCCCCCGGCCCUGAUGGUCUUCCUCCAGCUCUAUUUAAAGAUGGUGGCGCUUCGCUGGUUCGAGAACUCACCGCUUUGUUCUCGAAAGUUUGGUCGAAAGAGAAAGUUCCAUCAUCUUGGGGUGAAUCGAUAGUCGUCCCCAUCUUCAAAAAGGGCCUGCGCACAAUCUGCUCCAACUACAGAGGCAUAAGCUUAGUCCCCGUCGUUUGCAAGCUGCUGGUGUCCAUCAUACUUCGCAGGCUAUCCCCAACGCGCGAAUCGUUGCAACGAGAAGAACAAGCUGGGUUUCGCCCUGGUCGCGGCUGCAUCGAUCAAAUCUUCACACUCCGCCAGAUCCUCGAGCUCCACCAUGUGUAUCAGAGGCCAACGAUUGCUGUGUUCCUGGAUAUCCGUGCAGCCUUCGAUUCUGUCGAUCGUACGGUACUGUGGCACUGCCUACUGAGGAAUGGUGUCCCGAGAAGUUCGUCUCCAUACUGCGCGCUCUCUAUAGUCUGACCUCGGGCAGGGUUAGGGCUUAUGGCAAGCUUUCGCCUACCUUUGUGGUCUCCAGUGGAGUUCGACAAGGAUGCCCUAUCUCUCCGUUCCUAUUCAACUUUGCCAUUGAGGAUGUCCUGAAGAACGCUCUGGGCGAUUCGUUGAACGCUGGCGUUGAGCUCCUCCCAGGUAGUCGAGUUGUUGAUUUGGAUUAUGCUGAUGAUAUCGUCUUGCUGGGUGACGAUCCACACGUCGUCCAACUUGCACUAAACCGCUUGGCGAUUGAAGCAUCAAAGUAUGGUAUGUACUUUUCGCCAUCCAAAUGCAAGGCUCUCUUCAAGACUGGCAGGUGCCUCUGCCUGCACUCACUCUUGGUGGUGAGACACUAGAGGUUGUGGAGAGCUUUGUCUACUUGGGAAGUUGCAUCACUGCUGGCGGGGCUGUUGGAGACGAGAUUUCGAUGCGCAUCUCGAGAGCACGCCUCGCUUUUUCUAGGCUGAGGCACUUGUGGCGUCGCCACGACAUUCGUCUCUCCAUCAAAGGGCGGGUCUAUUGUGCAACUGUUCGUGCUGUACUGUUGUACGGAUGCGAGACCUGGCCCAUUCGUAAAGAUGACUUGCGCAGGCUAUCCGUCUUCGAGCACCGCUGUCUGCGGUCCAUUGCCCGUGUGUGGUGGCAGCACCACGUAAGCAAUGUGGAAGUUAGACAGCGUGUCUUGGGACGUGGAAGCCACUCGCUCGAGGAGCUCGUCUCACUGCAUCAACUGCGGUGGUUGGGACACGUAUUGCGCAUGCCUGUCCAGCGUUACCCGCGUCGUGCGUUGUUUGCGGUUGCUGGACAGGGCUGGAAGAGACGGUCUGGUGGACAGCCUACAACAUGGAGAAGCCGCAUGAAAAAGCUGACGAAACAGUUGGCCUCGGCCGGUUGUUGUCGACUACCUGGUUGGGGUCCGAGAGAUGCGGAUACUUGCUGGUUGAAGACCUUGGAAGCCAUGGCUCAAGAUCGAUGUCAAUGGCGGACGUGUGCAUCGGUGUGUUGCGGUGUCCCUUCUUCCUCCCCAUAAAAAACAAACUG